AUGUGUCCAAGGUGCAUUGACAAUGCCCAAGAGGUUGAUUUCAUCCGUAAGACUGCUGUAAUUGACAGACAGCUCCAUCGUUUGAAUGUUGACAUCGCGGGACAGCAGGAGACGCGGCUUCCAGACGCGGGCUUUAUCAGGGAGGAUAAUUACACAUUCUUCUGGCAGGGGAAGUCUCAAGACGAGCCAAGACUUCAUGGCGUAGGAUUUGCUGUUAAAAACACCCUCCUGGACUGUACUGUGCCACCAUCCGGUGGAACAGUGCGAAUUAUUGCUUUAAAAAUAUGCUCCUCAAGUGGCACUGUCAACAUCCUAAAUGUGUACACUCCCACCUUAUCAUACAUCAUGGAAGAGAAGGCUCUGUUUUAUGAUUUACUCAGCGACAGAAUAGCCAAGGUACCUAGCACCGAGACACUGUAUAUUCUAGGGGACUUUAAUGUUACAGUUGGAUCAGAUAAAGACAUAUGGCCGAAUUGCCUGGGACAUCAUGGGGUGGGAAAAAUGAAUGAAAAUGGCCAAAGACUGCUUGAAGUCUGCUGCUUUUAUGGACUCUGUAUUACAAACACAUAUUUCCAGCUUAAGGAUCAGCACAAGGUGUCUUGGAGACACCCGCGCUCUCAUCACUGGCAUCAACUUGACUUAGUCAUAGCUAGGCAUAUACAGAAAGCGGCCGAUUCUGGAGAUGCUAAGGUAAUGUACGAUGGUAUUAAGAAAGCAAUUGGACCAACUGUCAGAAAAACAGCUCCUCUGAAGUCCAGGACGGGUGAAGUCAUUACUGAUGAAGGUAAACAAAUGGAACGCCGGGUUGAACACUACCUCGAGUUGUAUGCAGCCGAGAAUGAAGUUAGCAAGGAUGCAUGUGACGCCAUCAAACAAAUUUCAGUUCUGGAAGAACUAGAUGCAAUGCCUACUAUGGAAGAAUUUUGUAGAGAAAUAGAUUCUCUUGCUAACGGAAAGGCCCCAGGUGAAGAUGGGAUCCCUGCGGAGGUUAUUAAGUAUAACAAAUCUGUUCUUCUCAAACAUUUAUAUUCACUUAUCACAACCAGCUGGGAAGAAGGUUAUGUCCCGAUGAGUAUGCGGAAUUUGAGGAUAGUUACUCUAUAUAAACAGAAAGGAACAGAAGUGACUGUAACAAUUACCGAGGCAUUUCAUUACUAA